GAACUUGCAAACCUGCCCACCUGCACCCUCUGCUCGCCCGCCGCCGCCUCUGCUCUAGUCUGGAUAACAUCCUCUGACACGAACCAAAGACUGAAGCAAUGGCGGUGGUCCUGGAUGCUUUUGCAUCCUACGUCGCUCGCCUGCUGACGGAUAUGACGAGAGAAGAGGUGGGAAUUCUGUUGGGUGUCUCCAGCGAAAUCAACAGCCUGAGUGUCAAGCUCGGGGACCUCGAGAACAUACUAGACGACGCCGACAGGAGGAACAUCACCGACCGGAGCGUGCAGGGGUGGGUGAGGGAGCUCAAGGAUGCCAUGUACGAAGCCAUCGACAUCCUCGACCUGUGCCAGCUCAGGGCCAUGGAGCGCGGCCCACUCGCCGCGAGCACGGCUGGAUGCUGCAACCCGUUGCUGUUCUGCCUGCGGAAUCCCCUCUUCGCACACGACAUCGGCAGCCGCAUCAGGGCGCUCAACCGGAGGCUGGACGGCAUCAAGGAGAGGAGUGCUCAGUUGAGGUUCCUCAACCUCAGCUCCAACAAGCCCCGUAACAGCAAGGUGACCUCUCGCCGAGCUGCCAUCCGCGAGACGACGGGGGAGCCUGUCCGGUCGGAUGUGGUGGUCGGGGAGAAGAUCAAAGAGGACACGAGAGAACUGGUGGAGAUGCUAACAGAAAAAGAGGGCAGCAACAGCGACAUCAUGGUAGUCGCCAUCGUGGGUGUCGGCGGCAUCGGCAAGACCACCCUCGCCCGGGAGAUCUUCAAUCACGAGACCAUCAAGGACAAGUUCGACAAGAGGAUAUGGCUGAGCAUCAACCAGGACUUCGACAAGGCCGAGCUGCUCCGGACCGCCAUCACCCUUGCCGGGGGAGACCAUAGCGGAGAGAAAGCAAUGGCCGUGCUCAUGCCAGCCCUUGCGGCUGCCUUGGCAGGGAAGAAGCUCUUGCUGGUCAUGGAUGAUGUGUGGAGCCACAAGGCAUGGGAGGAUGUGCUCGAAACACCCUUGGUCAAUGCUGCGCUUCGAGAAGGUAGCCGAGUCAUGGUCACCACAAGAGAUGUGAGAGUCGCUCGAGCAAUGAAAGCAGUGCAGCCCUACCACCAUGUCGACAAACUCGGGCCCGAAGAUGCCUGGUUAUUGCUCAAGAAGCAGGUAGUCUCAAAUGAGAUAAAUGAAGCUAAUAUUGAUAUGCUAAAGGAUAUCGGAAUGGAAAUUAUAGCAAAAUGUGAUGGCUUGCCACUUGCAGUCAAAGUGAUGGGAGGACUCUUGUGCCAGAAAGAGAGAAAUAGAAGUGAUUGGGAGAAAGUUCUGAAUGAUUCUGCAUGGUCAGUUGCUGGAAUGCCGGAAGAGCUAAACUACGCUGUAUACCUAAGCUACGAAGAUCUGUCUCCUUGUUUGAAGCAAUGCUUUCUGCACUACUCCCUUCUCCCCAAAAAUAUAGUGUUUGGUUAUGAUAUAAUUGUUGGAAUGUGGAUCAGCGAGGGAUUUGUUCAUGGAAGCUCAUUAGAUGAACUUGAAGAAUCAGGAAGACAGUACUACAAGGAGUUAAUCGUGCGGAACCUCAUAGAGCCAGACAAAGAGUAUAUUGAUCAAUAUCAUUGCACCAUGCACGAUGUUGUUCGCUCAUUUGGUCAAUGCGUGUCAGGAGAUGAAGCACUAGUAGCCCACAACGGAGAAAUUGGUAUUAUUAGUAAACUCAAUUCAGAAAAAUUUCUCCGGCUGUGUAUAGAAACCAGAGGAUCCGAAUCAGGUGAAUUACAGUGGAGCAUGUUACAAGGACAGAGAUCUUUGAGAACACUAAUAUCAAUUGGACAAUUCAAUAUUAUGCCUGGUGAUUCGUUGAUUGCUUUUUCAAGCCUGCGAACCUUGCAUAUACAAUCUGCAAAUGUUGCUCCACUGCUUGACACACUGUAUCAACUGAAGCACUUGAGGUAUCUGUCCAUACGGUACUGUGAUAUAUCUAGACUGCCAGAAAACAUUGGCAAGAUGAAGUUCUUGCAGCUCAUUAGCCUUAGAGGAUGUGAACGUCUGACGAAACUUCCUAAUAGUAUUGUAAAGCUAGGGCAGCUGAGGUAUCUGAGCCUUACUGGCACAAGUAUAAAUGUUGGCAUACCUAGGGGGUUCGGUGGCCUAACAAAUUUGAGGAAACUAUAUGGGUUUCCAGCCCUCAUGUGUGGUGAUUGGUGUAGUUUGGAAGAGUUGGGGCCUCUUUUCCAGCUCAGGGAUCUUGCAAUAAAGGGUCUCGAGAAUGUAUCUGCUGCCUCGCUUGCCACAAAGGCGAAGCUUGGUGCCAAGGAGCAUCUUACCUAUUUGACGUUAGGGUGCAGCAGCAGACUGGGAGACGAUGGUUUGGCCACCAAAGAAGGAAACGCCUCUGAGGAGGAGCAAGGACGUAUUGUGGAGGUGUUUGAUGAGCUCUGCCCUCCGCCAUGCUUAGAGAGUCUCGAUAUCGGAGGAUAUUUUGGUCAGCGGCUCCCAAGGUGGAUGAUGUCGUCGACAGCAAUGGUGGCCCUUAAGUUCCUGAGGUUUCUAACGAUGGAUGACCUGGCCUUCUGUACCAAGCUCCCUGAUGGUUUGUGUCAGCUCCCCUGUUUGCAGCUCCUACAGGUUGACCAUGCUCCAGCCAUCAGGCGUGUGGGGCCUGAUUUCCAGCGGCCCUACCAUGGUCACCCACCUCAGGCAGAGGCGGCGUUUCCUAGAUUGCAUAGGCUGGAGUUCAUUGGAAUGGUGGAAUGGGAGGAGUGGGAGUGGGAGGAGCGAACUGAUGUGCAAGCCUUGCCUGUUUUGGAGGUGCUCCUACUCAAGAGGUGCAAGUUGAGGCGCGUUCCUCCUGGCCUUGCCUCCCAUGCGAGGGCCCUGAAAAAGGUAUACAUAUAUGAGGUCCAGCACCUCAGCUCUCUGGAGAGCUUGGCUUCCAUUAUUGAGCUUGAUGUGUUUAACAACCCCAACCUGGAGAAGAUCACUAACCUCCCCAAAUUGCGAAGUCUUACUAUUGUUAAGUGCCCAAAGAUGAAAGUACUGCACGGUGUUCCUACAAUCCAGAGGCUCGGGCUGGAGGAUUACUGCAUGGAGACGCUCCCAACGUACUUGCAAAAUGUGAACCCUAGGCAUCUCCUUCUGGACUGCAGCCUACCGCUGCUCACUUCCAUAGCCACAGGAAAAUGGGACAAGUUGUGCCAUAUCCAGCGCGUCAAUGCCUAUGCGCGCGAUGGACGCAAUCCAAGGAAAUGGUACGUGAUGUACACAGGAGAACCCAAAAACAUUGAGACCAAUAUCGUCGACAGAUCUUCCAAACUCGGAGGGGAUGAAGAGGAACAACAGGUUGGUACAAGAACACCAUCUCAAGCAAAAAAGAAAGUAUGCAGAAGAAGAGGAGAUGGAUUGAACAAUACACAUUGAGGCCCUGUUUUGGAGGAAGCGUAUUUUCUUGGGAAGUUUUGGGAUUACAUUUGGAUGGAGAGUUACAUGCAUCGCCUUACGGAGAAAAUACUAGGAUUGUUCUCACUGCUUUGUACUUCCCUUUUCUGCCACAUGUUCAACCAGAUCAUUCAUGUCGAACCCUAUUCCUGAGUC